CAAACACGAGCAAAAAAAAUUCAUCAUUCUUUUGUGUCAUCUGAUUUUAAAUUAACUAUCAUCCAUGACUCUUAAAAGGCAAUCCUUUCGGCUAAGGAUUCCGUGGCCGUUUGCGCCUAUCGGCGGGCCGAGUACUGAACGGCCACGCCGUCCGAAAGGCAAAACAAAAUCUACCAAAGAUUCAGACACAGAUGUACCAAUUCAAAGAGCACCUUCACCACCACCUAAGCCUCCAAUAAUAGAGAUUCCUGAAAAGCCAACAACUACUUCUGUGAUGAUUGAAUCUUCAGUUCCUUCUCCAUCAAAAGCUUCAACACCAUAUCACACUCCACAACCUUCUCCAUCCAAAACUUCAACACCAUUUCACACUCCAUCACCAUCACCAUUACUCCAACAUUCUAUAGUGUCCUCUUCUCCCAAGACUCCACCAAAGCUUGCUACCCAAGAAACCACAAGGCCUGAACAAGAAGAGGAAAACAAGGAUGUCUCUGAGCCAAAGAUAAUGUCAAUUGAGCCUCAAGACUCUCAGCAACAAGUCUCUAAAACCGAACCAGCUUCUAAUCAACCUCCUACUUCUCAAUUGCCUCCAUUAGCAGAGCCAACCAGCGAGGCGUUAAAGCGCGACACUGAAGAAAGAACUCUGCCUGCAUUGCCUGAUUCUGAAGAGGAAGAAGAGAAGAUUGUAGAGGCAGUGUCUGAGUUUGAGCCUGUGCCUCAAGAAACCGAAACAAAAGCAAAAUCACCUUUGAAAACCAUCCCCAAUUCACCUCAGAUGCCAACACAGCCUCCAGAUUUCAAAUCACAAACUUCUUUUAAGCCUUCAUCUCCAGUUUCUAAAACCGAACCAACCUUUGAUGAACCUCCACCUCCUCAAUUACCUCCUUUAGCAGCGCGAACCAGCGAGGCGUUAAUGCGCGAUGCUGACGAAAGAACUCUGCCUGCAUUGCCUAGUUCUCAAGGGGAAAAAGAGAAAAUUGUUGAGGCUGUGUCUGAGCUUGAGCCUGUGCCUCAAGAAUUUGAACCAGAAACCUCUUUUAAGUCUUCAUCUCCAAUUUCUAAAACUGAACCAACCUUUGAUCAGCCAAGUAUUCAAGAAAGCACUUUGCCUUCAUUACUUGCCUCUCAAGAAACCGAAUCAAAAGCUGUCUCUUUUCAUCAUGAACCAACCUCUGAUCAAUCCCUUUUGGCGUUGCCGAAAGAAGCUGAGCUUAAGAUGAAGUCACCAUUGAAUACCAUCCCAAAGUUGCCUGAGGAAUCUUCUAGACAUGAAAUGGAACAAACAACAUCGACAGAAAAGAAGUUUGAUUUGCAUGGUGCUGCUGAGAGUUCCAAGCCCUCUUUGAAACCACAAAGCAAGUUACUUGAGCCUCAAGAAAAGGAGAAAGAGGUCCAUGAACAUGUUAAAGCAAGAAAAUCCAAAGGCAUAUCCACUAGCCAACCAAUUCUACAUACCAUAGCAUCUAGUUCAGGAACAAAGAGCAAUAAGGAUCCAUUCUCUGAGGUGUUUCGUCCGCGAUGCAGAACACAACGAGUAGUAGAGAGAAACUUGAUGUUUGCAACUUCCAAGUUUAUGUCAAGCAUCUCACCAGAAAAGGCUGCAUUUCAUAAAGGCAUCGUAGGCGAUGUUUCGAAGUUUGUUCACAAACUAUCCACUGAGGAACAAACACAGGUUGUGACACUGGCUGGGGAGAACAGAGGAGCCACAAUGGAAGUUGAUAAUUUGGCGAAGAAUGAGGCCGAUGAGGCCGAAGAGGGCGAGCCGGAACAGAGCUCCCAGGUAAUCACAGACAUGGAUGGAAACACUGAGAAAGAUUUAACCAAGGAUGAUGCAUUUGGGAUGGCUUAUGUCAACAGCAACAUUCAAAGUAUCAACAAUUCAGUGAUGGUUCAUGGUUCAAUCACCUAAAGAUGAUCAAAGACCUGGAAUUCUUCAUCAUUUGUAGAGGAAUAUAUGAAAGAAUAAACAUAGUUUGUAUAAGAUAUUGUAACAUAUAAAAAAUAAGGAUUAAGUGUUAUUUGCAUUAGAUAUUGAUACAUUGAAC